AUCCAAUGGUGUAAAUCGCAUUGGUCUUGACCGUAUACCGUUCUAGUAUUUUAAAAAAGAAUUUUCAAAUUUGCUUUCAUUUUUUCUUUUUCCUUUUUUAAGUUCCAAAGUUCCUACAUUUUCCGAGAAAAUGCCCGUAGUUUUCUCAUCAACCGAGAAAAAAAAAACACCAGAGUGAAAAUUUAAAUAAUGAAAACCCAUUUUCCUUCUUUCCUUUUCUUUUGAUUUCCCUUUCAUGGAGAUCAAACGUUAACAUCAUCAAUACCAUAUCAUCAUCAAACAACUUCCUUCCUCCUUCCUUAGAUCUCUUUCCAACUUAAUAUCUCAGAUUCCAUUUCUCUCUCUCUCUCUCUAUUAUAUACAUAUAUAUUUAUAUAUAUAUGUAUAUAUGUUUGCAUCACCUGAAUCCCUCUUCUGGGUGUCUGUUCCUUCGAACAUGAGAUAAUUACUAAUGGGUUUUGUUUGAUUCACUUGAAAGUGAAAACCAGUUUCUGGCUGUGAUUUUUUUGGUGGGUUUUUAAAGAUUUUCCUUUUUUUAAUGAUGGAGAUCUGAUAUCUCACCAAAAUGUGCCUCAAGGCACUGGCUUUUUCUUCACCUUUCAGCGACUCUCCAGCCUUUGGAUCUAAGCACAUUCUCUCAAUCUUAUUCAGAUCUAUUCCUAAAUCGGAAGUGUUCCUGUAAAUAUCCCAUUAAUUCUCAAUCUACCCUUCAAUGGCCGUGAUCUGAUACGCUGUCCUUGAUUUGUAUUGCUUUGGAGAAAAAAAAACCGGAGGAGAAGAUAAGUUUCUAAUCUUUCACCAUGUUGAAGCAAAUCUUGAGUAAACUCCCUAGAAAAUCAUCGAAGUCUGACACAGCUGAGUUAACUAGGCCUGAGUUGGCCUCAACUCAGCGACCAAACGGUUCAAGCAUGGGCUCCGGAGCCAAACCCAGUGGUCCAAAACGCACUUCGUCUGCGGUGUUUCCAGCGAGCGUAGUGGCUGGGAUUGAGCCUUUGGUGCCAUUCAAGGACGUGCCAAGUUCAGAGAGAAUGAACCUCUUUGUGAGCAAAGUAAGUCUCUGUUGUGUAACCUUCGAUUUCACUGACCCAACUAAGAACACAUUAGAAAAAGAUGUAAAGAGGCAAACUUUACUUGAGCUCCUAGACUUUGUGGCUUCUGGGUCCAUGAAAUUUAGCGAACCCGCCAUUUUAGCUAUGUGUAGAAUGUCUGCUGUUAAUUUGUUCAGGGUGUUUCCGCCGAAUUACAGGUCCAAUUCGAUGAAUGUUAGUGAAAAUGACGACAAUGAUGAGCCAAUGUUCGAUCCUGCUUGGCCUCAUUUGCAAAUUGUGUAUGAUUUGUUGCUUAGAUUUAUCACUUCUACGUGCUUAGAUGCCAAAGUAGCCAAGAAGUAUAUAGAUCAUUCAUUUAUAGUGAGAUUGCUGGAUUUGUUCGAUUCUGAGGAUCCAAGAGAAAGGGAUUGUCUGAAGACUAUACUGCACAGGGUUUAUGGAAAAUUUAUGGUGCAUAGGCCAUUUAUUCGAAAAUCUAUAAGCAAUAUAUUCUACAGAUUUGUGUUUGAGACAGAGAAGCAUAAUGGGAUUGCAGAGUUGUUGGAGAUUUUUGGGAGUAUAAUUAGUGGGUUUGCUUUGCCUUUGAAAGAGGAGCAUAAGAUUUUCUUGUGGAGGGUUUUGAUACCUCUGCAUAAGCCAAAGUCUGUGGGGAUAUACUUUCAGCAGCUGUCUUAUUGUGUCACACAGUUUAUGGAGAAGGAGCCCAAGUUGGCUAGCAUAGUGAUUAAAGGGAUAUUGAAAUACUGGCCAAUAACUAAUAGCCAAAAGGAGGUAAUGUUUCUGGGUGAGUUGGAAGAGAUUUUGGAAGCUAUUAACAUGGUUGAAUUUCAAAAGAUCAUGGUCCCAUUGUUCUGGCGGAUCGGAUGCUGCAUAAACAGUUUCCAUUUUCAGGUGGCUGAAAGAGUCCUUUUCUUGUGGAAUAACGAUCAAAUUGUGAACUUGAUUGCGCAUAACCGGCACGCCAUUCUGCCUAUUAUAUUUCCAGCAUUAGAAAAGAAUGCCCAUAGCCACUGGAACCAAGGAGUGCUCAACAUAACACUGAACGUCAGAAAAAUGUUCUCGGAGAUGGACGAGCAACUCUUUCUCUCCUGCCUCGCUCAGUUCAAGGAUGAAGAAGAAAAACUAAGCUUGGUGGCCGAGAAGCGGAAGGAAGCAUGGCGACGACUAGAGAAUGCAGCCAGUCUGAAACCCAUAAGAGGGAAUACUGCAGUUUUGGUAACUCCUUAUGCAACCUCAAUUGCCUGUUAAGUAAACAUUGCUGAACAGCUUUUUCUGGGUUUUUGUUCAAAUUUUCUCCCAUGAAGGUGGUGGCCACGCAGAAAAAAAAGGAAAAAAAAAAAAAAGUAGAACAUGAAAAUCACUCCUGUUUGGGAUUGUGGGCUUGUAGGAUAUUUUUUUUUUCUUUGUUAUGGGGGAGAUGGUACUGUGACGGCCAGUUGUAAUAUGGGUUGCUACUGUGUGGAUGUUAAUUGCUUUCCUUGGUAAGUUUAUAGGAAGGGCCAUGCAGUGGAUUAUACAUUUGGAUUUGCUGUACCAUACUACAUUUAUCACUGAUUCAUGAAUGCUUUAAGCUUAUUUUCCCCCUUUA